AGUCUUGCUGCUUCUGCAACACACAGUACACACUCACACAAACCCUACAUUGAUCCCUCUUCCCUCUCAUCUCACCAAUGGCUGAGCGCGGUGGCGGAGAUCGUGGCGGAUUCGGGCGUGGCUUCGGAGGUCGCGGUGGUCGGGGCGACAGGGGCCGCGGUGGGCGUCGUAGGGGCGGUGGACGCCGCGAGGAAGAGGAGAAGUGGGUUCCAGUCACGAAGCUGGGUCGCCUCGUGAAAGAUUCAAAGAUCAGUAGCCUCGAACAAAUCUACCUUCACUCUCUCCCAAUCAAGGAGCACCAAAUCGUUGACCAGUUGGUUGGUCCUUCUUUGAAGGAUGAAGUCAUGAAGAUCAUGCCCGUUCAGAAACAGACACGUGCCGGUCAGAGAACCCGUUUCAAGGCCUUCGUUGUCGUCGGUGACAACAACGGCCACGUCGGACUCGGUGUCAAGUGCAGCAAGGAGGUCGCAACCGCCAUUCGCGGUGCCAUCAUAUUGGCGAAGCUCUCGGUGAUUCCUGUUAGGAGAGGUUAUUGGGGUAACAAGAUCGGAAAGCCACACACCGUUCCCUGCAAGGUCACCGGAAAAUGUGGUUCCGUCACCGUCCGUAUGGUGCCUGCUCCUCGUGGUUCUGGAAUUGUUGCUGCUAGGGUUCCCAAGAAGGUCUUGCAAUUUGCAGGCAUUGAUGAUGUAUUCACUUCUUCUAGAGGAUCCACCAAGACCCUUGGAAAUUUCGUGAAGGCCACAUUCGAGUGUUUGCUGAAAACCUACGGUUUCCUUACACCUGAUUUCUGGAGGGAGACUCGCUUCUCCAAGUCUCCAUUCCAAGAGUACACUGAUUUCCUUGCCAAGCCAACGGGCAAGGCCCACAUCUUGGAGGAUGAAAAGGUCGAGGCUUAAUCUAGCUCCUUGCCUUCUGAUUAUUGUGUCUGUUCAUGAUCGGAAUUACUACUUGAAUCGGUUCUUAUUGCUUAGGUUGGUACUUGGCUAGUGUUGAGGAUUGCUUUUCAUUUUUACAUGCUUGCUUCACUUUAUUUUAUUGGAUAUCUAAUCAAAAUUUUGAAUACCAAAUUUCCCAUUAAAUUUUCUAA